CCCUCUUGUUUUUUGCAACUCACCUCUCAUUUUCUCACACAACAAAUGGCAAGAGCUCUCUCACACUACAAUGGCAAAUCUAGUUUCCUUUCUCUCUCUAGAUCAAAUCCCUGCCACCCAUCACCCUCACCAUUCUUUACUUUCAAGCCCAUGAUGGUCACUAUGGCCCACAACAGCCAAUCAUCUUCUUACUGGGCCUCCAUAGAAGAAGAAAUUGAGGACCAUCUCAAGCAGGCCAUCCCGGUCCGGCCACCAACCGCCGUCUUCGAGCCCAUGAACUGCCUAGUCUUUGCCGCACCAAAAACCAAGGCCCCGGCCCUAUGCGUCGCCUCUUGCGAGCUUGUUGGAGGCCGUCGGGCCGAAGCCAUGGAUGCAGCUUCCGCACUCCACCUAAUGCAUUCGGCGGCCUAUACCCACGAAAACCUUCCUCUAACAGACAGGCCCGAUGCCAAGCCCAUGAUCCAUCACGCUUAUAACCCAAACAUAGAGCUUCUCACAGGUGAUGGAAUUGUACCAUUUGGGUUUGAGUUAUUGGCCCGUGAUGUUGGCCCGGCCCAAAACAAUCUUGAUCAGGUCUUACGGGUGAUCGUUGAGAUCACACGUGCCAUAGGCUCACGGGGGAUUGUCCACGGCCAAUACAACGAGAUCCAGGGAACUCAAUCUGACGAUGGAGAAUUAUGCAAUGACGAGUGGAUUGAAUAUGUGUGCAAGAAGAAGGAAGGUGAGCUGCACGCGUGUGGGGCCGCAUGCGGGGCCAUACUAGGAGGUGGAAGUGAGGAUGAGAUAGAGGGGUUGAGAAAGUAUGGGCUUUAUGUUGGCAUGAUAUACGGGAUUUUAAAUGGGGUGGGAAGAAAAGAGAAGGGAUUGGUGGAAGUGGUAGAGAAAUUGAGAGCAUUGGCUCUUGAGGAAUUGGAAAGUUUCAAGGGUAGUAGUAAUGUUGAGUCAAUUUCUAGUCUUGUUGAAGUUAAUAUUUUCAAUGUUUGAAGUGCUUUUUUUGUGUGUGUGUGUCAAAGUUGUCAAUCCCGUACCGGUCAGCGUACCGUUUUCACUAUUGGAAUAGUACGUACCGGUACCGAACUGUAUCUCGGUACCGUUCCGGAUUUACCGCAAUUAAUAUUUUAUAUA